AUAGCUCACCCAACUUAUUCAUUUGAUUUUGGGAUUCAAAUACACUGCAUUUUGUGAGGAAAAUACGCAGAGAUAGACUGCGAUGGACGUGGAUUUCAGUCUGGAUAUCGGAGGCACUGGCACUCGUCGGACGAUCCAGCAGUCGUUGAUUAGCUGCUGUGCCCAGCUGGUGAAGAUAGCCCUGAUUUUGACAUACGAAAGUGGCCAGUUUGUUCUCCGUUUGUUGGGUAAAAGUAGAACGAGCCCAGAGUUGCCCGUGAAUGGCAAGGAUAAUGGCGAUGGGGGGCGAAGGAAUCAUCGCAAGUUUCCAGCCCCCGAUCCCAGGACGAUUCGAAAUUCAGGUGGCGAUGGCGACUUCCUGCGACCUCUGCGACUGGUGAGUGUGGUGUGCGGAUUCGCCAAGGAUCAGGGGGCACACUCGCAAUACAGUCGCGGGAAAUUCGGUGAGGAUGCCUGGUUCGCGACCUCCAAUCCGCAGGCGGACACUUUGGGCGUGGCCGAUGGCGUGGGCGGUUGGCGGAGCUAUGGCGUGGAUCCCGGUGAGUUCAGCAUGUUCCUCAUGCGAUCCUGCGAGCGAUUGUCGCUCAGCAAGGGCUAUGUGCCCCAAAGACCGGACCUGCUCCUGGCCCGAGCCUACUGCGAUCUCCUCGGGCAGAAGUGCCCCGUCGUGGGCAGCUGCACCGCCUGCAUUUUGACCCUGAAUCGUGAGGAUGGCACUUUGUAUACGGCCAAUAUCGGAGAUAGUGGCUUCCUGGUGGUGCGAUCUGGUGCCGUCGUCUGUCGAUCCUUGGAGCAGCAGCACCAUUUCAACACCCCCUAUCAGUUGUCCGCUCCGCCGCCGGGUCACGAUGUCAAUGUCCUGUCCGAUGGACCCGAAUCGGCGGACACCAUUGAGUUUCCGGUGAAACCGGGCGAUGUCAUCCUCCUGGCCACCGAUGGCGUGUAUGAUAAUGUACCCGAGGGCUUCCUCGUCGAGGUGCUCACCGAAAUGUCCGGCAUUUCGGAUGCAGUGCGUCUCCAGAUGGCCGCCAAUGCGAUGGCCCUGAUGGCCCGCACAUUGAGCUUCAAUCCGGCUCACGAUUCUCCCUUCAGCCAGAAUGCCCGGAAACUCAACAUCGAUGCGUCGGGUGGCAAGCCGGAUGACAUCACCGUUCUUUUGGCCAGUGUUGUCUAGUUGCCACCUGGAGGAUCGGCAUCGGCAUCGGCAUCGGGGAUUCAAGUGGGCGGGAAAACCACGCGGGAGAAUCACCCAAUCGUUGAAUCGUUGCGAAUGGAACGGCAGCCACAGGAGAAGGCCGCUCCCUUGCAGAAUUUACUGACAAAUGCCCAAGGCAUUCCCCAUCCAUUUGUUAGUAGCAGCUGUCCGGCGGAGUUGGCCUUAAAACAAAUUCGGAAUAAAUUACCGGCCGCUUUCAACUUAUCAAUUGGAGCUGCCCCAUUUGUUCCAAAGCCCGUCAUUCGUUUACCAUGUUUUUCACCAAUCCUCGUUUUCAACUUUCCGUCAAAAACAAUGCAAUGUAUCAAAAAAAUAUUACUAAAUUGUUUCAGUGUUUCAAAGUAA